UUGAUAAAUAAAAAUAACAAUCACCUGAACAUGUAAUUUAUGAUAUUUAUCGUCGAAAACAAUUUAAAAAUAAAACAAGUUCCACGGUAACAUAAUAGGCCAAAUCCAUUGUUCUACGAAGCCCUUCGUCAAAUCUAGACUUGCAAGCCUGUUUCCCGGGUGACGAUCAAUAUGUCCCGCCUAUCCCGACUUGGGUGGCGCGCAUGCGCACUCGACACCACUUUGACGGGACCUCGCUAUUUCUGGAGAAAACAAACUGAUAUUAUUGUUAAGUUGUGACGAUUUUGUGAAAAUGGGCCCCGAAAACGAAACUGAGGCAACAGACGACAUGCUGGAAUCAAUAGACGAGCUGAAAGAACGCCUCUCCUCCAUGAAGAGGAUGAUGGAGGAGAGAAACAAGAGCGGUGCAGGAAACCAGGACCUAUUCCAAGGUCACGCGCGCAGCCUCCAGGGCACCACCAUGAUCGACGGCAACUUCCUGAGCUUCGUCUUUGGAGGAUCUCUAUUCGUGAUCCUCAGUGUAUCAGUCUAUGCUUUUUAUAAUCUGUAUCAUGCCGUGUUAAAGAAAUUCCCAUCGAGCCACACUGAAUUGUAAAAAUUUUGUAACGUUAGAAACCUGUCUUAAAUCAUUUAGAUAUAAACAUUAAGAAAUUGGGUCAUCAUUAUUUAGCCUUUCGUACGCGUGAGUCUGUUUGGGUGUUAUGCUUUUUCUAUUCCAAUUGUUAUAUUUCUGUUUGAUAGUAGCCAGUUUUAUUAUUGUAAAGCUAAGUUUCUGUUUUAAAGUUAUGUGUUUAAUGUCAUAUCUAUCGUUCAAAAGCCUGCAAGGUGUUGUUAUUUAUCGACAACGCUUGCUAUUAGGCGAGCGACUUAACAAAAAUUGUAUUGCUCAUUCAUAAAUUGUACAAAAGCGUACGUCGUUGUCACUAUCAGUAAUCAGUAAUUAAUUAUUCACGUAUUUUGUAAAUCUGACACAAUGCUUCUUAGAAAUACUUUAAAUUCAUGACUAAACGGUUUAAUAUAACUGGGCGAAGUAAUGCUGAGUGAAGACUGAAUUUGUUGAAGAAUUGUUGAAUGGAGAAGUUAUCAAGGUUGCAGAGAAGUAAGAAAUCGUCAUAAUUACAACAAUUUUAUGAUAACACAGUCAGCCAGGGACCGACAUUUUAAUAUACUUAAUAAUGUGUAGUAGGUAUCAGAAAUUAAGUUUUUGGGUCGAAAAUAUUGGAUCAUACAUUUAUCGGAAUAAAGUGCAAUAAAAAAUAUCUAAAAUCAAGUAAAUUUUCUAAGCAUUCAAAUGUAAUAAAAUUUUAUGAGCAUAAUAAUAAAUAUGGCCGACAUAUAACCUGUCAAACUGAUAAUAGAUUUAUUUUUACGCAACAACGUCAAUACAACAAUCAAUCAUUUAAUUGUAUUUCUUCAUGUAAAAGAAUGUCGGCUUAACAUAUAUCUUAUCGCUAUAUGUCGAAGAAUAAUACUAGAGUUUAGGAAUCGAAUAACUUUAAACUUUUUCAAUAUCAGAUAAAAACUUAUUUUGGAAUUAAAUUGAUUAUAUGGAACGCAGAUGGUCGAUUUAUGUUAUCAAACAAUGCGUCAUUUUAUUUUGACUGUUCUGCAAAAACUGCAUGUAGUUCUUGAUAUUACUUGUUAAGAAAUGACAAUCGAUGUAUAAAUUUACACAAAAUCAACGCUGUCAGCUGGCUUUACUUACUGUUUGUUCCUCUCCAACAAAUAUCAGAAAAUAUCAGUGAGUCAUUUCAUACAGUUUCAAACAAUGUGAAAAUUUGAAUGAUGCGUCAACUUCCAAGCUCUUCAGUAUUCUGGUGAGAACUUACAAGUUUUAACUUUGACGUUAAAGUAAUGAAUAUCAUAAUAUGUUCUUUUAAGAAGAAUUUUAUAUGUCAGAUUAAUUAGUUUCGUCUGCGUUCGGUGUUAAUAUUCCAUCGCUAGUUUUAAAAUUAAAAUGUAAGUGACUUCAAAAUGUAAAUUCUGCAUGAUUUGAGAGUGGACAAUAUUAACUAAAAAAAUCCUUUGAAUAAUAAAUUAUAUA